CUUUUUCCAAUUUUGACCAUUUGCAGUUGAGUUCUUCUCUUGCCGCUUGGAUCUCGGGAGAGAGACAUCCCAAGCCCCAGACAGGGCGCGACUGCGGGAGCACGAGACCAGCAUCCUCUCCCAAGCUCGCGCGUUCGUGGCUUCCGACGGAGUGGGGAGCGCGAGGCGGUGGCCGCGGAAGGGGAGCGUCAAGCACCCAUGGAUCAGCGCCAGGUGGUUAGCGAGAAUUAUGCCAAUCCCAUUACAUGCUUCUUCCAUGUGCUUUUCAAGGCGGCGGCACUAGCCUUCUACAUCCUGUUCUCGCUCUUUGUGAAGAGCUUCGUUAUCAUCUUUGUGAUCACCGUGCUCCUUGCGGCGCUCGACUUCUGGGUGGUGAAGAACGUGAGCGGCAGGAUUUUGGUUGGGCUGCGGUGGUGGAAUGAGAUUGACGAUGAGGGAAACAGCAUCUGGAAGUUUGAGUGCCUCGAUGGGGAGUCUCUCGCUAGGAUGAACAAGAAGGAUUCAUGGCUAUUCUGGUGGACUCUUUACUUGACUGCUGCUGCAUGGAUUGUUCUCGGUAUUUUUUCGCUCAUCAGACUUGAGGCUGAUUACCUUCUUGUUGUCGGAGUUUGCUUGAGUUUAAGCAUCGCAAACAUUGUUGGCUUCACCAAGUGCAACAAAGAUGCCAAGAAGAACAUCCAGGCUUUCGCUCAAAAUGCGCUCGCUUCCCGCGUCACAUCAUCGCUGCAAUCAGCAUUUGGGGUCAUCUGAAAUCCCAUAUGGAGUCUACAAUUUGUCAAAACUCAAAAGGGCGACCUUGCAAGGAUGCAACUCCACCGGCGUAGAUAGCACAUUGUACUGUCCUGUUUUCAGACAUUUUUUUUUACUCAUACAACAAAUAGGUCGAUUUUGAUGUGAGUACCAGCAAACAACUUUGGUUACAGCUCUUUGGGUCAUUCGUCCAUGAAGCUUUCAUAUACUUGUCUCCUGUACUGAAGAGCAUUCUCUGCAUCAAUCUUUACUUCUUUUGCAAUGGAUACGAAAAUUAUUACUGUAGUGAGCAUUCUAUUUGUC